UCGACUCAUUUUAUUUUUACCACCCCACCCCUUUACAAAAUCUUGGAUCCGCCCUUGUCAAGUCUGUUCUUAUCGCGUUCGUUGGUUUUAGUUUGGAUGUCAUAUCUAAACUGACCUAAUGUUAUAUAUAAUGUUAAUUUAUAACUGUAUGCAUUUUGACCCAGAAAACCAACCGUCUCAACGUAAGCCUUCCAAUAUUUGCACACUCACAUUUUCAGUUCCCUGAUCCACAGUGGUUUUGAUAUUAAUCUUUCAAAAUAUUUGCACUGGCACUGAUACAAAACAAACCCUACAGUGGGGGCUCUCUACAAACAAAGUGUAACCGUCCCUAAGUUACGAACACAAUAUUUUCCUUCGUGAAUGAAAGAGUUCGACAAAAAAUAUCCUCAUAUGAUAGUGUUUUGCACGUACUAUCUGUUCUUUCCUCGUCGUCAGUCAUCGUGUAUCUUCGUACACAGGAUAUUCAGACACCUGAAGCGAGAGAAAAACAAAAUACUACUAACGCAUCGAGACAAAAUACUAACGCAUCGAGGAUGGACAGAAAUGUUGAACACCCCAAGGUUUUUAAUGAUCCGAUUCAUGGCACCAUUGUGGUGCACCCUCUGUGUGUUAAAAUCAUCGACACUCCACAGUUCCAGCGCCUGCGUUACUUGAAACAACUUGGAGUGUGUUACUAUGUCUAUCCCGGGGCGUCGCACAACAGAUUCGAACACUGCAUUGGGGUUUACCAUUUGGCUGGCGAGUUUGUGCGCUCUUUACGCAGCCAACAACCAGAUCUGGACAUAACAAACAAGGAUGUUCUGUGUGUACAAAUCGCUGGACUCUGUCACGAUCUUGGUCAUGGUCCAUUUUCACAUAUGUUUGAUCGAGUAUUCAUUCCAAACACCAGACCCGAUGUAACUUGGACGCAUGAAACAGCGUCUGUUGAUUUCUUUGACCUUAUAGCAAAGACGCUUAAGUCUGAUUUUGAUAAGGAAUCACUGGAAGAAACGGAUUUGAUAUUUAUCAGAGAACUAAUAAAAGGUCUGCUCCCGACUAAGGAUUGGCAAGGCAAGGGAAGAGAUAAAGAAAAAAGCUUUCUGUAUGAGAUUGUGGCCAAUAAACGAAAUCAGAUUGAUGUUGACAAAUGGGAUUACUUCGCCCGAGACUGCCACAUGCUGGGUAUUCAAAACAACUUUGACCAUGUUCGCUACAUGAAGUUCACCCGUGUUUUGAGAGAAGACGACGGUGAUGGCCAGCUUCAGAUUUGCGCAAGAGACAAGGAGGCUCAAAAUAUGUACAACAUGUUCUACACACGGUAUACUCUUCAUCGACAGGCUUACCAACACAAAGCUUCCAAGAUCCUGGACGUUAUGGUAGCGGAAGCUCUUAUUGCAGCAGAUGAAUACAUUAAGAUCCCAGGCACAAAUGGAGAAGACAGAAAGAUGUCGGAGUGUAUCGAUGACAUGGAGGCCUACACGAAACUGACGGAUGAUGUCUUCCAUCAAAUUCUGCUCUCUAAAGACCCGGGACUUCACAGGUCGCAGGAGAUACUGAACAGGAUCAUAACACGCAAACUCUACAAAUGUGUUGGCCAGAGUAGGCCCAUUAAGAAAUUCGAUGUCAUACCUGAUAAAGACAAACCGCACAUAAAGCUUUACCAGAUUCAACGUUGAUUCCAAAUGGCUGUUUUGUCUGUAAUGUACGAAUCCAG